CACCGUCUUGAACAGCCAUCUCGUGCUGGUGUUGUGAAGGACCCUGCAGUCCACUAUGGCGGCGCCCGAUGGGACUUUAAACUGUGAGGACUUUUCCAUGUUUCAGGAGGGCUUGAAGGUGAUGCGCACUAUAGACGACCGCAUCGUCCACGCCCUGAACACUACUGUGCCCACAGUGUCCUUCUCGGGAAAAGUGGACGCCACACAGACCUGCAAAGAGCUUUAUGAGUCGUUGAUGAAAGCCCAUCUGAGUAGAGACAAAGCCAUCAAGACUUGUAUAGCUCAGAAAUCGGAGGUGGUGGUGCAGCUGCGGGAAGAACGAGAAAAAGACAGCGACAAUCUGAAACUGGUCAAACAACUUCGAAAGGAACAAACCAACUUGAAACUCAUGCAGUCAGAGCUGAACGUCGAAGAAGUUGUCAAUGACAGAAGUCUGAAGGUUUUCGUUGAACGAUGCAGAAUCCACUACCUGCCUCCGAAGGUGUAGCGAAGAUCCCUAUGAGGAAAAAGAGUGUUUAAACCCAGACUGGAGCUGAGCGCGUGUGUGUGCGCGCCGCUGCUGAGCACCGACGGCUCAGCGGGCGACGCUCGCCCUCCAGACCAAUCAGAGCUCCUCUCCACUUCACCUGUUCUCAGUGUCAUUAUGGUAUAGCAGAAUGAAUGCUGUAAAAGUCAUAUUUGUUCUUCACAAGGGAAUAUUGUACAAAAGCUUUUUUUUAAAAAAAAACCACAAUGAACUGUUUUCAAGUCAC